AUGCUCGGUCCGUCGAAAGUUCGAGUCGCACUCGUUGGAGGUGGAACGAUUGCUCCAUUGCAUGCAAAAUAUCUCCUCGCUUCGCCGUCGUGCGAGCUUGUUGCUAUCAUUGAUCCGUUUCCCCCAGGUAAAACUCUGGCGGACAGCUUGAAAGUGGUUCAUUAUCAAAAUGUGGUGGAUUUGGUUUCGUCACCAUCCACGAAGCUGCUAGCUGUUGAGCUAUACAUCAUCUGCGUGCCUUCAGCUCUGCACGUCCAAGUCGCCACCGAGAUAUUGAAGACGGCCAAGCCCAAGGCCAUCUUGGUGGAGAAGCCAUUUGCCACGGAAUCGGCGUCGGGGGAACAACUACUUGCGUUGGCGAAUGCCCAAGGGUGCAAGGUCGCAGUAGGCCAUCACCGACGGUUUCACGCUGCCGUCGGCGCUGCCAAACAGGUCAUCUUGUCCGGAAAGUUGGGUCGGCUUAUCGCCAUCUCGGGUGUCUGGACUUGCAAGAAGAAUGAAGGAUACUUCACUGCUGCUCAAUGGAGAGGGUCUCGGGCCGCCGGGGGCGGGCCAGUGUGGACAAACUUCGUCCACGACAUUGACGUGAUGCAUUACCUUGUUGGCUCCAGGGUCACGCGCGUGUGGGUCACCAGCACGUUGACUCAACGACAACAUGCGGGAGUGAGUAAGGGCGAUCAAGUGGAGGAAGGGGCGGCAAUGAUGUUCCAAUUUGCGAAUGGUGUUGUGGGCACCUUUGUCAUCAGCGACAAUGUAUCCAGCCCGUAUGGGUGGGAGUCAGCAACCGGUGACAACCCGCUCUACUCGCAGGCUGAGAGAGCGGUGGAUUGCUAUCGUAUCUUCGGCAGCCAGGGGACCGUAACGGUCCCUGACGGAAACCUAUGGACAUAUCAACAGGAAGAAGCGGACCGUAGAAAUCUGGAGAUUGGAUGGAACGUUCCCAUGAGCCGCGAGACCCUUGCGACCAUGGAUCUCAUUCCUUUCCAACAACAGACGGAACAUCUUGCCCGGCUGGUGGCGGGCAAAGAAGAGCCAAUCUGUUCUGGAGAAGACGGUCUCGCCGCUGUCAAGGUGUGCGAAGCUGUUUUAAGGGCUUUAGACCGCAACGAUGGACAGCCAAUUGAGAUUUGA